CAGUUGCGCAGUUCCACAUUUGCCACUUCAGUUAUGUACGGUUUCGUCAAUCAGUUCACUCGUUGACAGUUCACUUUUAUCCUUACGGCAUGUAUUUUAUCAGAUGGAAGAAUCUUUGUUAUUGAUUGAUUUUUCCAUUUAAUUCGGUUUCGUCGCCGCCGAAGUCUGUCCGCAGACUAAUGCGACGAAACCUUUCGUUUUCGUUCGUAAAAAGUUUAUUGUUCUGAGUGUAUCGUUAAAAAACCUGCAAAAUGGGGUCGUUAUUCAGAAGUGAAGAAAUGACAUUAUGCCAACUUUUCUUGCAAAGUGAAGCAGCGUAUGCAUGCGUGUCUGAACUGGGAGAGUUGGGGCUUGUUCAGUUCCGGGACUUGAACCCGGAUGUGAACGCGUUUCAACGCAAGUUCGUCAAUGAGGUCCGCCGCUGCGACGAGAUGGAGCGGAAGCUCCGCUACCUGGAGAAAGAGAUCCGCCGCGACGGGAUCCCCAUGCUGGAGAUCCCGGGAGAGUGCCCGGAGGCACCGCAGCCGAGGGAGAUGAUCGACCUUGAGGCCACCUUCGAGAAACUAGAAAAUGAGCUCCGUGAAGUGAACCAGAAUGCGGAGGCCUUGAAGAGGAACUUCCUUGAGCUGACCGAACUGAAGCAUAUUCUUAGGAAGACACAAGUAUUCUUUGACGAGCACGAGGGUGGUGCCAAUACCACUGAGUCGAUGACGCGCGCGCUGAUAUCCGACGACCCGAACAGACAUAUUGGACACGUCCAACUAGGUUUACGGGAUAAACAAGAAUCUUUGGAAUUCCUGCCCUGUUUCGUCGCGGGCGUGAUCCUGCGUGAGCGCAUCCCCGCGUUCGAACGGAUGCUGUGGCGCGCGUGCCGCGGCAACGUCUUCCUAAGACAGGCAGAGAUUGACACUCCGCUUGAAGACCCAUCUUCGUCGGACCAGGUGUUCAAGUCGGUGUUCAUCAUAUUCUUCCAAGGUGACCAGCUGAAGACUCGCGUGAAGAAGAUUUGCGAGGGAUUCCGAGCGACCCUGUACCCAUGCCCGGAGGCGCCCGCCGACCGCCGCGAGAUGGCCAUGGGAGUUAUGACCAGGAUCGAAGAUUUGAACACGGUCCUCGGCCAAACCCAAGAUCAUCGUCACCGCGUGCUGGUCGCAGCCGCCAAGAACAUCAAGAAUUGGUUCGUAAAAGUACGCAAGAUCAAGGCCAUCUACCACACACUGAACCUGUUCAACCUGGACGUGACUCAGAAGUGUCUGAUCGCUGAAUGUUGGGUGCCCGCGCUCGACUUGGAGACCAUACAGCUGGCUCUCAGGAGGGGCACUGAACGGAGCGGCAGCUCGGUACCUCCGAUCCUCAAUCGUAUGGAGACCAUAGAAGACCCGCCGACGUACAACCGCACUAACAAGUUCACAUCCGCCUUCCAGAACCUUAUAUACGCGUAUGGUGUCGCAACCUACAGGGAGGUCAAUCCAGCUCCGUACACGAUAAUAACGUUCCCGUUCCUCUUCGCGGUGAUGUUCGGGGACCUCGGCCACGGAGCGCUGAUGGCCGCCUUCGGUUUCUGGAUGUGCUACAAGGAGAAGCCACUCCAAGCCAAGAAGAUCGACAGCGAGAUAUGGACCAUCUUCUUCGGCGGUCGCUACAUCAUUCUUCUCAUGGGCCUCUUCUCCAUGUAUACGGGGCUGAUAUACAACGAUAUAUUCUCCAAAAGUCUUAACAUUUUCGGAUCGUCGUGGCGGAACAAUUACAAUGAAUCCGAUUUGUUGACCAACAAAUUGUUGCAGCUUAAUCCCGAUUCCAAAGACUACCUUCAGAUCCCGUAUCCAUUCGGCAUCGAUCCAGUUUGGCAGCUCGCGGAGGCGAAUAAGAUCAUCUUCAUGAACGCUUACAAGAUGAAGAUCUCCAUCAUCAUUGGCGUCUUCCACAUGCUGUUCGGAGUUUGUCUGUCACUCUGGAAUCACAUUUACUUCAAGCGGCGCAUCAGCAUCUACGUGGAGUUCAUCCCUCAGAUCAUGUUCUUGGUGCUUCUCUUCUUCUACAUGGUGAUGCUUAUGUUCAUCAAGUGGGUGAAGUACGGACCUGAUGCUGACUUCCUAGGCAGUUCGGAUCCUGAGGUUAUAAAGACGAGCGCGUACUGUGCUCCGUCGAUCCUCAUCACCUUCAUCAACAUGAUGCUGUUCAAGACGGACCCCAACACGCGGCCGGAGUGCGACGACACCAUGUAUCCAGGACAGAUUGGAUUGCAAAAGUUCUUCGUGAUCGUGGCGCUGAUGUGUGUACCAGUGAUGCUGUUCGGGAAACCAUACUUCAUCAUGAAGGAGCAGAAACAGAGAGCUCGACAGGGUCACCAGACGAUCGAGGGCACAGCCGAGAACGGAGCGGCCGGAGGAGCAGCCGCCGUGGCUCCUGCACAUCAUCACGAUGAAGACAUCACCGAGGUCUUCAUACACCAGGCGAUCCACACAAUUGAGUACGUGCUGGGCAGUAUCUCGCACACGGCGUCGUACCUGCGACUCUGGGCUUUGUCUCUUGCGCACGCGCAGCUCGCAGAAGUCGCUUGGAACAUGUUGCUGAGAAAAGGCCUGAUGUCACGUGACUUCGAAGGUGGCAUCUUCCUGUACGUGGUGUUCGCGGGCUGGGCGGCCAUUUCCGUCUCCAUCCUCGUACUCAUGGAGGGGCUCUCGGCCUUCUUGCACACGCUACGUUUGCACUGGGUGGAGUUCCAGAGUAAAUUCUACGCGGGCGAAGGUUAUCUCUUCCAGCCGUUUUCGUUCGAGGUGAUACUCGACUCGGCGGGACAGGGAGAGGAGUAAAGCCCUCUCGCUCACACUACACACCGUAUUAUAUAGCAAACCAUAAACAUUUGUAACGGCAGAUCUAUUGUAUUUCUUACAUCACAUUACAUUCACUAUGGUACCUAUUACACUGUCAAAUAUAUAUGAUCAUACAUUUGUUAUAGUAUUGUUGUAAAACAAUUUACGCAUAUAGAUGAAUUCAAUGUAAUUCUAUUAUAAUAAUAAUUUGUGAAAUAUGUACACAAUUGGUGUUUAAAUGAUAUUAAAACACUUAAAAUA